AUGCGAAAGUUCCCGCUGCGCCUACUGUGGCGCUACAAGGUGUUUGUGCUGAUUGGGUUUAUGCUUUUGGCCGCCCAGAUAUUUCUCGCCUACAAACUGCUCUGCAUGCCACUGUCCGGCAACGAAAGCACGGAGGAACGAGAUCUUAGCCGACGGCUUUACGAAAAGUAUGUGAAAAAAGCAGCACCCGACACGCCGGAUGGAGGAGCGCACGGUACGAAUUUAUCCGCAGGCGGUGAGAAAGUAGCGGCCGACGCGGCGGGACGUGUUAAGGAAGGCCAAACCAACCAGCAGCAGCACAUCCUUCGGCUGGACGAGCUUGAUUUUGUGCCACCAUGUGAGCUGACGCGAAAGGAAACGGUUUCGGCCAUUCACCGUGCCAAAAGUCAAUCGUGCAAGGCAAAAAUUGUGGAAGUGGCGUGCGAAAUUUUAGCCGGCAAGUUUUAUCCCCAACGCCUGCCGAACUACUGUCCACGGGGUGAUCAUUCGCCGAACCGGGCGCUCGGAUGCUUUCGGGAUGAAAAAAACUUUCGCAUCCUGUCGGGAUAUUAUUCCACCUUCAAGACGAACAAUUCGCCGGAAAAGUGUAUCCGGCUGUGCUUGCAGUCGGGCUAUCCGUUUGCCGGCGUUCAGUAUGGCUACGAAUGCUUCUGUGGCGACGAGUUGCCAAAAGCUUCGGCAAAGCUACCCGACUCAAGCUGCAACGUUAAAUGUCCGGGCGACCCGAAACAAGCGUGUGGUGGCUAUUUUACGAUAAACGUUUACGAAACCGGAAUACGGAAAUUUGCUGCUCAAAGCACCGAAGCGAUACCGAAGCAUGUGGACGAAACGGUACGAGUUGCGUUUCUGCUGACGCUAAACGGUCGUGCUGUGCGUCAGGUACAUCGACUGCUAAAGGCACUGUACAGUCCACGGCACUACUACUACAUACAUAUCGAUGCGCGCCAAGAAUAUCUUUACCGCGAAUUGCUCAAGCUUGAAUCCAAGUUCUCAAACAUCCGGCUAGCCCGCAAACGGUUCUCCUCGAUUUGGGGUGGUGCAUCGCUGCUCCAAAUGCUUCUCUCCUCGAUGGAGCACCUACUGUACGAAACCGACUGGCGGUGGGACUUUGUGCUUAAUCUAAGCGAAAGUGAUUUCCCGCUCAAAACGGUCGAUCAGCUGGUAACGUUCCUGACGGCCAAUCGGGGACAAAACUUCGUACGCAACCAUGGCCGUGAGGUGCAACGAUUCAUACAGAAGCAAGGCCUGGACAUGACGUUCGUUGAGUGUGAUAAUCGUAUGUGGCGUAUCGGCGAUCGUACACUCCCGGCCGGCAUUACCAUCGAUGGUGGUAGCGAUUGGGUGUGCUUAUCGCGCGAUUUUGCCCGGUACGUUACGGGCGAUGGUAGUGGACAGCAGGACGAGCUAAUACGCGGACUGCUCCGGGUGUUCCAGUACACAAUCCUACCGGCGGAAUCGUUUUUCCACACGGCGCUUCGAAAUUCCCGCUUCUGCCAUACCUACACAAACAACAAUCUGCACAUGACGAACUGGAAACGGCAGUUGGGCUGUAAGUGCCAGUAUCGGCACAUUGUCGACUGGUGUGGCUGCAGUCCGAACAAUUUCCGCACGGAAGAUUGGGACCGGUUACAGGCGAGCCAGCACAAGAAACUGUUCUUUGCCCGCAAGUUCGAAGCGAUGGUAAAUCAGGCGAUCGUACUGCAGCUGGAAGAAUGGAUCUUUGGCCCGUAUCCAGCCGACUAUCCGAAUCUCCACUCGUACUGGCAGAAUGUUUACCAUCACGAGGAUACCGUCCUGUCGGUGGAUGGUGCGCUGCUGAACGUGGUGCACAGUUUGCUCCGUACGAACGGACACAUCAACACGGUUCAGUUGUAUGAGCCGGGUUUGGUGCGCGAAAUUACCCACUAUCUCGAGCGGGACACGUACCGCGGAUUUCUGGUGCGGCAUGAAGCAACGAUCCGGCAAACGGGCGUACGGAUGGAGCUGGAAACGUGGAUAUCGCCGGUCGUAAUGGCAAAAGUUACCCGUAGCACACCGCUCGCCCGGCGCAUUAUCCAUCUCGAGGUUAGUACGGAUUAUGACGAGAAAGAACAGUUGUCCCGCAACUUUCCACGCAUCAUCGGAACGAAUGCGGAACCGGCACUAAUCUUCCGGCUAGCUGCGUACCCGCUCGAAUCGGACCGUGUAAAGGGUGCAAAUGCGACCAACUACUCGCUAACCGUCGAAUGGAUCGAUCCGAUCGGGACGAUCGUUGCUUCUAGUCACUUUACGAUCGAGGACAGCCCGAAUGGGCCACCGCAUAGUUUUAACCACUUUCUCAAAGGAAGCAAACUAAAGCUACCCCUUGCGGAAGGUAUUUGGGGUGCGAGGUUACUGCAGGGGAAAGCAUUGCUCGGUGCAACGCGUUUUCUUGCCAUUGCAUCCACCUUCCGUGAGGCUAACGAGCCACUGAGGCAAGAUGGUGGUGAUGGUCAGGAGCAACACACACACCGACAGGUGAUACCGGUAUUGGGGCGUGGAUCGGUGGGGAAUAUGGCCACCAGCAAAGUACGCGCAAAGGAGGAGCGUACAAGGAAUCCGGUAGGACAUCAGUCCGGUGAUCGGCAUACGGAUACGGAUCCGGAUCCGGAUCAUCAUCCACUGCAGCAGCUCGAUAAAGUUGUCGGGCAGUUUUUUACCAUCCGGGAAACUUGUGCGGUAGGGGUGAUGAUGGGUGGUGCGGGGCAACGGUUUGCCGAUUGUAAAACAACCAGCUGGAGCAGCUUGGCUAUCGAUCCAAAGAGUGAUAUCUACGUCGAAUCGGUGACGACGAACUAG